AUGUUCUCUCGCGCUCUAGGCUGGGCGAGUCUGCUCGCCCUGGGCCUCCAGGUAUCCCAAGUCUCCGCCAUCGCUAAGAUCUCUGCCGUGGGCUCCAAGUUCUUCACGUCCAACGGCGAUCAAUUCUACAUCAAGGGCGUCGCAUACCAGCUGACGGAUGAUGAUCCACUUAUCGACACCGCCCAGUGCAAACUGGACGCUGCAUUGAUGAAGGAGCUCGGCGCCAACACCAUCCGCGUAUACCACGUCGACCCCAACGGUGACCAUGACGGCUGCAUGUCGGCCUUUGAAGACGCCGGCAUCUACCUGUUUGUCGAUCUCGAGACCUUCGACACCUCGAUCAACCAGGAUUUCCCCUACUGGAACUCUACCCAGCUCGAGGCCUACGAGAAAGUCUUGGACACAUUCCACAACUACGACAAUCUGGCUGGUGUGCUCAUCGGCAACGAAGUUUUGACCCGUCUCAACGGUUCCCAGGCUGCUCCCUACGUCAAGGCUGCCGCUCGCGAUGUCAAGGCAUACCGCGAUUCCAAGGGCUACCGUAAAAUCCCCGUCGGCUACGCGGCCGCUGACAUUCCCAGCCUGCGUCCUAUGUUGCAAGACUACCUGGCCUGUUCGACCAAUUCCUCAGAGAACGUCGACUUCUACUCCCUCAACGCCUACGAAUGGUGUGGUGACAACAACUAUGCCGGCUCUGGCUACUCCAUGCUGCAGAAAAACGCCACUGGCUACUCCGUGCCCAUCUUCUUCUCUGAAACAGGCUGCAAUGUAGCUCCCCCGCGCACAUUCCAAGACCAGAGCGCCAUCCUUGGCCCUGAAAUGGAAGACACCUGGUCCGGCGCCAUCAUCUACGAAUGGAUUGAAGAAACCAACAAUUACGGCCUCAUCAGCUACGGCCCCAGCGUCGCUGCCGCCACUGCCACUGCCACUGACAUUGUUGGUGGUUACACGCGCAGGGGAACUCCAACUCCCGUCUCCCCGGAUUUCUCGAACCUGAAAUCUGUCUGGAAAACACUCACCCCAACCGGUGUCAAGCUGUCCGAUUACACAGCCUCGACCUCCACCAUCACUCCUAUUGCCUGUCCUGCCUCGACCAGUGGCGGCUGGGAUCUCAAUCCUAGCGCAGCGCUGCCCACUCUUGGUCAAACCGCUACUCUUCACGCUAGCGGUUCGACUGGAGCAUCUGGAUCUGGGUCUUCCAGCGGUAGCACUUCCACAGCGAGUGCAUCCUCGUCCAAGGGUGCUGCGGCAGUUGGUGCUCGUCCCUUCUUCACCGAGGGCGCGACGACGGGCGUGUUUGUUGUGUAUACUGCGGUUGUCGGAUUUACCGGAUUCAUGUGCUUAUGGUUGUAA